CUUUGGGAUAUGUCAGCCCAAGGUGCGAGUCAUUUACCUUAGUUUGUACAACCCGGGUGUAUGCAGCAAGUCCUUCAGGCUUCCCACAUGAUUCGCUCUGCCUGUGCGGCUUGAGACCAUCAGCCGCCAUGGCAUAUUCCUCCUCUUCAGGGGUAAAUCAAUGAGAUAUAUGAAUGACCACUACCGCCACAGCUAACGGACAUCGGAUGCGCAUGUUGACUUUGAGAAUGUGAGCUAUGGCAGAACAAAAAGCGACCCCCUAUAGCUAUGCACAGGCAGUCCUCAGACACUCCAGAACGACUCCCGACCGUACACUCUUCCCCGGUCAUAAUUAUCAGGCACUAGCAAAGUUCCUUAACCAACCCUAUUUGCCCCAGACGACAGGGGCUCCGUAUCCCCAGCUGCGACCGAAUCAGCCGCUCGUCGUCCUGCACAGGUUUUCCCAGGAUCAAGAGCACCAAGUGCUGCUCUACAACCCAACCACCACCGGACUAGAACAACUGGACCUCGAAACACAAGCUGGCAGCAACUCUGGCAAAAUUGUUUUUUUGAAUGGGUUCGUACCGCCGGAAUGGUUGAAUCUUAUCGGUGCUCGAUACCGCGUGGACCCCGAAUUCUAUCGACAGCAUCUCAGCUUUAUGCAGCAGGAGGGCCAGCCAGAUUUACCUGGAUUACCUUACACAUCGAAGAACAUCGUGAGGCUGCCUUUGAUAAGUAUUGGGACAUGGGGAACGGACCGGAUCUCUCAGAAGGGAUGUCUGGCAGGCCAACGGUCCGCAGCUUUCCAGAAGAUAAAGUCGUACUUGCGCAGCUUCGACGCAACUACUCUUCCUGGACAGGGCAUCGCGCGAAAUCUCAUUGUGAAUGACGCGGUACACUUUACAGUGGAACAAGAAGCCAGUAUCUGUGUCGAGAAGAAGGAUGGCGGAUGGUCAGCAAUUUGCUGGCUAGACGGCGGCCUUGACUUGGAGUCCCCAAUCUUUCAUUCCUGGCUGGGCAACCAGAGCUUUCCUCACCACUCACCCUGGAUCUUGCCCACGUACAUGUAUCAGCCUAAGAUGGCUCUGAUCAACCCGACACAAGUUGACAAAAGUCCACCCCUAUCUGAUUCAUACCGAGCAACCGAGCAAGCAUGGCGUGGCUUUGCGUCACUGCCGCGGCUGUACGGCCAGCAACUCGAUAGAAACUGCAGUCAUCAGGAUGCAUUCUACGCACUGACACAGCUAUUCGCAAUCUCAGCAUUCUCCGUGAACCAGGGCCUCAACCUAGUCGAGCAGUGUAUUGACUCUCAACUCAAGUCCAGCAUCGAGGACAUGCAAAUCUCCCUUGAAAAUCUCCAUGAGGCAAAAAGCAUUGUCCAGAAUUACAUCUGCGGGUUACAGCGCAUCCUCGAAUUCAUCCAGACCCGGGGGUCUGCGGCAAAAUGGCCGCGCGCGACAGCACCAAAACAAAGAGCGUCAGCGGACGCCGCGGCAGAGGAACUGAUUCAUAACUAUCAACACCUCCUUAAUAGUGCAAUAUCGCUUGCGCAACGGAUCAGCUCCGAGAGCCAGUGGUUGAUGCACAAGGCGAUGUUGAAUGAGUCGCAGAGAGCCUUCUCUCAGGGCUCUCGUGUGGCGAGACUUACCUUUUUGGCAUUCCUAUUUAUUCCUCUAUCUUUCACGUCUUCCUUGUUUGGGAUGAAUAUAGUUGAGCUGGUUGGCGAGGCUGGACCUAAAAUCAGUGUCUGGCACUGGGCGGUUCUUACGGCCUUUGUAUUUGCCGGAAGUUUGUUGCUCUGGUGGUGGGAAGCGGUGCUGCGUUUCAUCAAGUACAUUUCUAGUAAGGUCAACGGUAGAACCGCUGUGAUCGACAAGGGAUCAUAAUGACCGUACACGGAAUGUAUUCACAC